AACAAAAAAUAAAAUACAAAUAAAAACUCUCCUCGUUCGAAUUCAAAUCAGAAAACCAAAACGAUCCAGAAUUCACAGCAGAAUAGUAAUCACCCGACUCUAGCCCUCCGCGUUGCAGAAGAUCCUCUCUUCGGCUUUCCCUUAUUCUUUUUCCUGUUUCCUGUUUUUUUUUUGAUCAAUUUUCGUCUGAUGGCAUCGAGUUCUAGCAGACCCGGCGAUUUUUAUGGCGCCGCUGCCUAUAGAUCGAGAGAGGGUUUAAGUACGAGACAAGUGGGGGGAUCAGAUGAAAUUCAAUUGAGGAUCGAUCCGAUUCAUGGAGAGUUCGAUGAAGAAAUCACCGGUCUUCGUAAACAAGUUCGUCAGCUAAGGAAUGUAGCUCAAGACAUCGAGACAGAAGCCAAGUUUCAGAAUGAUUUUAUCAACCAGCUGCAAAUGACACUGAUUAAAGUUCAAGCAGGGGUGAAGAACAACAUGCGGAGAUUGAACAAAAGUAUCAUCAAGGAAGGCUCAAAUCACAUUAUGCAUGUAGUUCUUUUUGCACUGCUGCUGUUCUUUGUGGUCUACUUCUUAUCCAAGUUCUCAAGAAGAUGACGGCAGAUUGUUUUUGGGAUAGAUUCUCAUGUCAAUUGUUUCAAGACCAUGUCACAAGGGAUCUAGUCUUAGAGAACGCAGCAUGUGUCAAAUGUAAAUCAUCUCCAUGAUAGUAAUGCUACUUGUAUUGACAGAGUUGCUAGAAAAGCAUUUUCAUUUCCAAUCCUCCUGCCAAAAAGUAGAAAAUCUGUGUUUAGGCUGCCUAAUGAGAGACUACUGUGUGAGAGAAUUGUCUUACUCUACUGUUAAAGUUUUGUUUAGUGGCCGAGCAAUCAAGAAAGAGGAACUGAUGUAUAACCAAAUGUGUUCUUGCCAUCAAAUUCUAUGCUUUAUGCAGUAUGAAUGGAAUAUUCAUCUGUAGUUUGCUUAAA